AUUAUCUAUAGAAUACAGAAAAGGUGGUAAAAUGGCUCCGGUGAAGUUAGAAGGGCCUACAUUAGGACAUAAACAUCGCAACUACAAUAAAAUAGUCCAAGAAUCUACUGAAAACCGGGCAAGGGACGCCCUAGAAGACAUUGAUUUUAACGAAGACGAUGUAAACAACUUAGUCAAGGUCGAUAUAGCCAGCGCAAAUAGGGAUGUAGAUUACAUUCUGGGGAUUCUCAAGGGCAAUGACAUGUUGUACGCCUCACGCGCACUCACGCGGAGUUCUUGGCUUAUUACGGAUAACACUUACGCCCAUUUUAUAAAUCCGGAAUACUUACAUUCACACCUUAUCCCGAAUAUGAUGGCGAAAGCGGCUAAUAAAUUGAUGUUGCAUAUAAGGCUUAACUUACGAGACGAGAAUCGUGUCGAAGAUUUCUUCAACUACUAUGAACCUUUCGAUCUGAAAACUGCCCUCAAGUGGCUGCCACAUUGCUCUGUCGCAUUUAUGGAGAUCAAAGUUGAAAAAUAUUCUAAUGACAUUGAAUCAAAUCUACUGAAACGCCUUUGCGAAAAAUCACAUCAUAUAUUAAAAGUAUAUGUCAGAAGUAUAAAGAAGUGGGACUGCACUCGCAAAGGAUUUCAGGCGACAAUGUUUUUGUUAAACACGCAUUUAGAUUUUUACCUCGAUGCGAUAGAAACUGAAGCGAAAAGCAAAAGACGAGAAUUGCCUGUAUUCAAUGAAAAGUUUACUAAACUCUUAAUGAAGACAUAUCCUGAACGAAUUCAUCAAAACUUCUGUCAUUAUGCUAACCAUAUUCAUAUUCCAACAUUUGUUCAAUUCUUGGACGAGAACAAAAUUAGAGAGUUUUUGCUAUCACAAGCAAAUAUCCAAGAACCUAAUAAUAUUUGGAUUGAUUUUGGCAAGGUGCAAUAUUUCCUUAAAAGAAUGCCACAAGAAGAACGUAUAAAUUUCAUUAGAGAUAUAUUUAUAAACAAAUUUAAUAAACAGGAAAUCGAUCUUUUAAAUAGUGCGUUCAGUAAUGAAGACGUGGAUGUGGAUGAACCCAAAGAUGAGAAUGCUGGAAUGAUACGAUUAUACACAUACGUCAAUAGCAGUGGCUGCAGUGACACUAGUGACUUGUUGAACUGGUACAAGUGUUUGCCAUUCGACGUAGUUUUAACAGAGUUUAAAGAAAAGAUAAAAAACACUACUAACGAUUAUGAUAAGAACUACAUGUUCCGCCGGCUAACUCGAGCCGUUGACCACGACUUGAGAAAUUUGGAAACCUUAUUGCAAUAUUAUAAUGAUAAUCAUCUAAAAGAUUCCAACGAUAACAAAAUUGAAUUUGUUCAAAACUUACUUCACCGACCCACCAACAUUCUCAGUUAUGACUCGAAGUGUUGGGGUCUUUUGAUGAACAUCUUUAAUGCCAUUAACAUUAAGGAGUCGGAAGACGAAGACUCUGAUGGUGAUCAAAUCAUGCUAAAAGCUAUAAUUGUUCAUGAAGUGUUAAACAAUAAGGACGUGCCUGAAAAAAUAAGAGAAAAAUUUGAAUUUUACACUUUUAAAGAAUACCAGACAAAAAUGACCGUACAAGAACAAACACUAUUAUUUGAAUUCUUGUACAAAUUUGUAUUGAAGAAAAUUGAUAAACAAAAUUUUGAUGAUCAUGCUUCUUUCGAUAAAAAUGUCGAGUUGAUUGAACUAAUGCUCAAAUUAUUAAAUGACUGGCAAAAAAAUCUAUCAGACUAUCCUUAUGUGUUGAAGAAAAUUAACGAACUAAUCAAAGUUAAACGAGAUAACGCCAUAAAGGCCAAACUAUCAUGGAUAUACGAUGUCAACAAGAGGUGGAGAAAAUACAUGUUUGAAGAAUCAAUUCUUUUGUGCGAGUCUGACCGAGUAUGUGUCAAUGCGUUGAAACACGACCCAAGUUUACUCUCUCGAUACGAACAUGUGGUAGCAAGCAUGCGUUGUAACGACGCAGUAUCUUUACGGCAACUUCUCACAAAGCUAAGAAUAUACUGGGCUGAUUCUAUUGCCUCUGAAUGGUCCCAAUCAUAUCGAGAGAGGCUUACUCAACCUCUUGGGCAUAAAGCUUUAAUGCGAGGUUUGAGUUUCCUACUACCGGAACGGGAACUGUCCGUUAUUAUCAACGACUAUAAACCGGAAGACGCAAAAAUAAACUGGGAAAAGAAUGAAGACGUCCUGGUGAGUUUGAGGAAGCACAUUGCUAAAAAUAUGCAUUUCUCUCGACCUCAGCCGACUCCUGACGAUAUUCUACUUUACGCUAAAGGAGAUUAUUUGCAAUUCGCUCUUCCGUCUCUAAACGCAAUUCUCUACAACUUGUGCGUUGUCCGCUGUAGCGAGUUAAUACCCAAGUUAUUAGACUCUCCCGUCUCAUUACAGAAACAUGGUAUCCGAUGUGCUUUUGCGAAAAUGCAAAGCGAAGAUCUACAAAGACUUUUCAGUAACCACUGGAAAACCAUUAAAAACUUAUCGAUUCGAGCAGUUACAUUUAAACUCACCUACGAAAUGCUGUGCAAAGAAAAAAGCCCAUCCAAAAUUGAAAAUAUUUGGGGUCUCCUGUCAGUUUUUAUUGACGCGCUCACUUUUGGGGAAGACAAAACCAUAUACGAACUCCUAGGAAAUGCCAGAAAAGUACCUCUUAGUGUUAGACCUGCCUUUGUGAUGAGAAGCUACAAGUUUACGAAAGCUUUGCUUCCAAAUUCGGACUUGGACAAAAAUAAAUACGAACAAACCCUUAAUGCUUUAAUAUGCGAUAUGGAAAAUCUCAUAGACUCGAUGGAACCAGAGUUCAUAGCUGAGAUUCUACAAGAGUACUUUAUUGCUGUCUAUACAAAAGAUAAGACAGAUGGGUUUGUUCAUAAUGAUUUGAUGCCUUUGUUGGCAUCAUUCCUUUGUUGCCCUGGAAGUUUAGAUAUCCAAGCACAGAGAUAUGAAACAGUACUGUUGCCUUUAUUGAAACAUUCAGUAUCUGUAUGGGCAACAAAAGAUAAAAAUGACAUCGUGAAAACUAAUCUUAAAAAGCUACUGAACAUCUUGCGGCUAAAAAUAAGGCCUCUUGUAGAGAAAGAUAAGAUAGUGCCCGUCGCCAUGUUUGGUAAUAUUCAAAAAGAACUUGAGCAAAAGCUAGAUCAAAACGUCGCGUAUCUCACGUUAAGAGAAUGGAAACUGACCGUUGCAUUUGCACAAGUUGUACACGAUAACAAAGUGAAGGUUGAUCGCAGCAAUUACAAAGAAGACGAUGACUUUUGGAUCGCCAUCUGCAAGGAAGUAGCUCCACAAUUCGGUAAAAUAUGUCUCGACUUUCUGAGAGAGGACAUACAGGCAUUCUUUCCUAGCAUCGAUGAAUACUUUACUAAAGCAUUAGGGGUUGUUUUUGACGAUCUCAUUCCGGAUCAAGGAAUUCGAUUAGAAAUUUUGAAACACAUGCUAACGCAAGAGCUGACACAGUCUUAUUUAGUCUCUAUAAGGAUAUUACCAUCAUACUAUGGAAAUUGCAAAGAGGACCCGUUACUGGAAUUUCACAAAACAAUUCUAUCUCACCCCUCCUUGGAGGUAAAAAUGCACUUUUACCAUAAACAUAGAAAUUAUAGGCAUAUGAAUCUGUGACUAGGUGGGUCCACAUAGAGCUAGCCAUCCUGUGUUUGUGUUUCGGCAUGCUCAAAGGCGCCUUACUAAUUUGCUGCGUGCAGUCGACGCCCAAGAAUAAUUCGAUGUGCGUCAGCCAACAAGAAAAUGUAUUAGAUUCAUAGAGGUACAAUAAAAUAGAAAUGAAACGGGGGAGGGGCCAAACGACCGAACGAGAUGCACUUAUGGAACUUUCAGUAGGAGUAGCAGAGAAAGCCGUAUUAUUGCUCGUCUUUGUCAGUCUCAAUUUUUGUUUGUUCCCCACCAUAAAAUUUAGUAUGGUUUAUGGUGGGGGUGGUGGGCAACAAAUAACCCGACCGAAUUACAUAGAUUGUUAUUGGUACGAGUAUGUUGUCAGGAAUGUUAAAACGUGUUUUUAAUAUUGUCGCAUUGCGUAUGUUUUGUCCCUCACGGAGGCACGCGUAUACCACUUCUAUAGGAUGCUACCUUCUAUGAUUAAAUUAAACAAUGUCGCAAAUUGAUAUAAUUAAUGAUGAUGUAAAACCCAUGCGGGGCGCGAUAGAAGCUUAUACUUAGUGCGGGUUUUUUAUUAACCUUUUGAAGGCCAAACUGCGCAUCCAUUUGCCUUGCCACUGACGCCACAAGGGUAAAAUUUAGUCUUGUGAAUAAAUAAUGCCAACCUAAAAGUGGAGUGUUUUUCAGUAGAUUUUCAUCAAAAAACGAUCGACGUCAAAUGCCGUCUUUGACGUCAUUGUCACAAUUUUGCGUUGACGUUAAUUGCCAUCUGUGGCGUUCUGGCGUUCAAAAGGUUAAAUUUGUUUUAUAUUUACUUUAUGCCGGUUGUGUUGCUUGUGUUCUUUCGUUUCCGGAUCCAUUUUUAUUUAUUGAUUGUAAACGAAAUUGUGCCUCUUGAUUUACAGCUGAAAUAGAUGACUACCGCUACGUGUUGUGGUCACUGAAUAUACAGUCGCCAUCAGAUAUAUCUGAGCGGCCAAGGUGUUCACAAUAUCUGAACACGCAUUCUAACGUCUUGACAAUAGGGGCGUGUUCAGAUAUUUGAGAGCACCUUGGCCGUUCCGAUAUAACUGAUGACGACUGUACAAGGCAACUUUUGGCAACCAGAGUUACCGUAUAUUGUACGGAGUCCUACAGCGCCGUCUACAUCAGCUGUAAAAUCAAAACAGUUGUCUUAUACUUGAUACAUCUAAUACGAUCGAUGAAACGCUGCGCUGUCGUCUACAAGUAAACUUUUGUUAUUUCUUUGUAUAUUAUAAGUAGCUACUUAUAUAUAAACCGCUAAUUUAUUGUGUGCGCACUGUAGCUAAUUGCAGCGAGCGCUCAAACGAGUUCGCUCGUUCUGUGUGGACACGCCAAGUUGCAUUGUUUAUACCUAAUGCUGUUCUCGAAGACACUUGACUAUGUUCACUCAUUUUAACGGAAAUAUGUAAAGGAUAUUGCUUAAUAAAAAAAAUAAUUUGGCAAACACUUUUAUUGCCUAGUCACUUAACAUAGUGUCGAUAGUUAAAGAUAAGACAUAAUGAACUGUAUCCUUCUCAAUGACUGGCAAAACAAGUCAUAGGAUAAAAAAAUGGUUAACAAAUCAUAGUUUGAAAUUAUUAAAGAAAUAUUUUCAGUUCAUUUGCUUAUGAUUGAUUCUUAAUCUAUAUCCACAAACUUUUUGCGUAAAUCCACAAAUCCAGAAACAUCCUUAGGGCCCCCCCACAUCUGGCGUCUUACGAGCGUCGGCGUCUACAAUUCUAUGGCCGACGUCGACGCAACUGCGCAGCGACGUCAUUUUCCAUAGCGCUGGACCGACGCCGACAGACGCCGACGCUCGAAAGACGCCAGAUGUGGGGGGGGGGGCCUUAAGUUUAUUUUCUCUUUAAACACGUUAUGUCUAUCCCAAGCGGUAUUAAUUUACAAUUCGUUCUUGUAGAUAAUGCAAUCUACAUACAUUGUACCAGAGAGGGCCACUUGCAUGGUAACCGGGGGUUAACCGGUUAAAGAUGGACAUACCAUGGUUACCAGUGUAUUUUGACACUGAUUUAACGGUUCAACCGCUUAACUCCGGGUUAGUGGUGCCAAGUAUUGCAAAUUUAAUAGAGCUACAAUACAUCUAUGUGGUUUGGAAAAGAGUUGUGUACAAACUAUUUUUAAGAUUGUCUUCGGUUACCGCGAUAUUUAAAAAGUGAAAGUAACACAGAUAUAAUUCAAUAUAAUCAGUUUUAUAAAAAAAAUGGUAGCAAUACAAUUUGAGCGUUUAGCUCAUACACAUAUUAUAGUAUGCUCAGUUCAUUCGCGUCUUUCCUGUAGACAUGGCAAAGUUAAGGGAGUCUAAAGCUAAUUUUGACGCUGGGCCCUUACAAGUGGAAUAGUUUUGUUUGGUACUUACUUGCGACUCAAAUUAGAAAAACGGGAUAUAUACGAGUAUGUACCAGUCUUGGAGCCCUUCCGAUACAUUUCGUAAUGGAAGAAUGGGUAUGACCUUCUCAAGCAGAAAGCAAUACUUCAUCGGUUGUUUAUAAGAACCGUUAUCAAAAAUGAUUAUAUUUCGUCACUUAAUUUUUCAGAUAUAAACCUUAUACCUUUAAUAGAGCAACUCUUGUAUAUAUUUAUUUCAUUAUAUAUAUAUUUCGGGGAUCUCGGAAACGGCUGUAACGAUUUUGAUGACAUUUGCUACAUGGCGGUUUUCGGGGCCGAUAAAUCGAUCUAGCUAGGUCGUAUCUCUGGGAAAACGCGGAUUUUUGAGUUUUGAUAUGUUUUCCGAACAGUGUUAAUUUGAUUUCAUAGGUGUCAUUAGAAGUUUACUUUUGUGAAAUAAAGAUUUAAACGUUUU